AUGUUGUACGACUUGAUUGUUGUGGCCUUGGCCCUUGCACUUUGCUUUCUGCUGGUGCACCGAAGGAAAAGGCAGUUACAAGAGAAGGCCUUGUUACUCGAGCCAUUUAGAGAGCACUUCGAACGGAGCAGCGGAGAGUAUCUGUCUAUUCAUCAGUACAUAUUGAAGUUGACAGGGCACCCGAAUUUAAAGUAUUUGUGUGCAAUUGCCACCCUCAAGAGAGACUUCUGCCCGAGUUAUCUUCUAGCCUCCGUUCCCCAGGAAAGCCUGAUUUUGACAGGACAUCUGCGGUCCAGGACGCCGUGCGUAUAUGCAUUUAAAAAAACCCUAUCUCCAAGACACUAUGGUUUAAAGUAUACCAAGAAAUGUCUACUUGGAAACACGUCUGGAUACAAGACAUUUGGUGCCCUCGGAGAAAAGCAUUUUAAGUUCAUCAAGAAGUAUGAGGUUUCAACCUUCUUCAUAAGCUAUGCACCUGUGGACAUCGAGGAAACACAUGACUUCGAAAGCCAAGUUUUUCUGAAAGCAGGGCUGUCUCUUCUCAGCAACCCGGUGUUUAUCGGCGAUUUUAUGGCUCUUUUCGAUGAUGUCGGUCCAGAGUCGAGUAAAAGAGUCGCCGAGAUGAAGCAGGGGUACAACAGGGAUGUAGAGGCUUUGAGGAUGAGGGAAAACAGGACCUUCGGAGAAAAGAUGGUCUCCCACCUAAGAGAAAGAAACAGAGCUAAGAGAAAAUAA